AUGGCAUCAUUCAUUAAGCUGAGGCUUAAGCCAUCGAAUUAUGACAGCAGGGCCUUCCGCGCGGGGGAGCAGAUCUUCUGCGAGCCGCCCCUGGUGCUGGUCGCCGGCACGGCGGGGUCGAGGUUCGAGGUCUACCCCACCCGCGACCCCGAGUGGCUUGCCGCCUUGCGAGUCGAGCUCCUGCGGCUCAGCGAGGCGUGCGCGUGGCAGUACUGCGUGGCCUGCAUGUGCUUGCUUGCCUCGGAGUUGCCGCCAGGCGCCCCAGAGGGCCUUGCUCCGAUGGAUGAGGAGCGGCGCCAGAAGCUCACGGACCUGUGCGGCAGAGAGGACGAG